GGCUCGUAUCGCAUAAGAAUAGUCGAUUCGAUUUCGAUCUAAGCAAAAUUGUCGAUCGAAAUCGAAAUCGAAUCGAAAUACCUAUCGUAUACGGGUUUACGAUUAUGAUCGAGUAAAUCUGCUCGAUCGAUUGGUCGAGUAGUUUGUGUUCUGUCAAAUCAUUCGAUUGUUUACAUUUGUGAGCGCGGUGAACAAACGUGUCGCGAUACAUAUCUUACCACCAAUAUUUACUAUAAAAGUGAAAAAAUGAUUGCUUCCUUCUUGCUUUUCGAUAAUUACACCACUGAAACGGAAGAUCUCGCUAAAUAUCGUAGAAAACUAAGGAAGGAAUUGGAUCCUUUAGCGCUAGAAGAUACUGCUUUUAGGAAAAAUUUCCGAAUUUCUAAGGAAAUAUUUUUGGAUAUACUGGAAAAAAUUGCUCCGUUCAUCACUCCAAAGCACAAUCGAGGGUUAUCAGCGAAGCAAAAAUUAGCAGCAACAUUAAAAUUCUUGGCCCAAGGAUCCUAUCAACAAGGUGUAGGAAAUGAUUUCACCGUACCAAUGGGUCAAUCAACUUUUUCAGAAAUAUUUGACGAAACAGUGCGUGUUAUGGAACGUGAGCUCAAAGAGUGCAUAACGUUGGAGAUGACGGAACUGGAAAAGCAGGAGGCACGCAGAUUCUUCUAUAGCAAAUCUGGCAUCCCGGGUGUGGUUAUGGCAGCGGAUGGAACCCAUAUAAGGAUGGUAGCCCCAAACGAAAAUGCUGUGCUGUAUUUCAAUAGAAAAGGCUUUUACAGCUUAAAUGCACUUUUGAUAUGCGAUCAUCGUAACCUAAUACGCUAUGUUAAUGCGAAAUACAGCGGGUCGAAUCAUGAUGCGUUCAUUUUUGAAGAAAGUCCAGCAAACUUGUUCUUUGAAGAAAGAUGGAGGGAAGGGGACAGGCAGUGCAAGAUUUUAGGUGAUUCCGCAUACCCAUCAAAACCAUGGCUCUUGCGACCUUUUGCCAAUUCCCAGCCCAAUAGUGUGGAAGCUGAAUAUAACUUCAAGCAUGCUAAAGCACGAGUCAUAAUUGAAAAAACUAUUGGUAUGCUGAAAGGGAGAUUUAGGUGCAUAAAUGGAGAAAGACAAUUGCACUACACUCCCACAAAAUGCGUUCGAAUUGUAAAUGUUUGUUGUGCUUUACACAACCUGUGUAUUAUUAAUAGAAUAACUGAACUCGAAUGACGAGCACUUCGCAUACGAGCAAAACAUAUAUUCGAAU